GUUUUGCUUUUUAUGCUCUGUAUUGGGAAGGCAGAUAAAAAUGCCAGGUCUGGACUGCCUCUGGGGAUAACCUCACCCUGUGUGAUGUGAAUGAAUAGCAUCUUGCCUGGCAAAUCCACAGGAAUUGAUAAGGCAGGCACAGCUCUUCCAAACAGGCCUUUUCUCUUUUAGCUCUAGCUGUGGUUUCUGCAGCAGUUUUGUUUUUGCCUUAAGAGAGGUGCUCUGGAUUAUCAGACCUCCAUGUAUGACAAUUUGUACCUGCAUGGAAUUGAAGACUCGGAGGCUGGUUCAGCGGAUUCCUACACAAGCAGGCCGUCUGACUCCGAUGUCUCUUUGGAAGAGGAUCGGGAAGCAAUUCGACAGGAGAGAGAACAGCAAGCGGCUAUCCAACUUGAGAGAGCAAAGUCCAAACCCGUAGCCUUUGCCGUGAAGACGAAUGUGAGCUAUUGUGGAGCUCUGGAUGAGGAUGUGCCUGUUCCAAGCACAGCCAUCUCCUUUGAUGCCAAGGACUUUCUACACAUUAAAGAGAAAUACAACAAUGAUUGGUGGAUAGGAAGGCUGGUGAAAGAGGGCUGUGAGAUUGGCUUCAUCCCAAGUCCACUCAGAUUGGAGAACAUACGGAUUCAGCAAGAACAGAAACGAGGACGUUUUCACGGAGGGAAAUCAAGUGGAAAUUCCUCAUCAAGUCUUGGAGAAAUGGUAUCAGGGACAUUUCGAGCAACUCCCACAUCAACAGCAAAACAGAAGCAAAAAGUGACGGAGCACAUUCCUCCUUACGAUGUUGUGCCAUCAAUGCGUCCGGUGGUGUUAGUGGGGCCGUCACUGAAAGGUUAUGAGGUAACAGACAUGAUGCAGAAAGCCCUCUUUGAUUUCCUGAAGCACAGGUUUGAUGGGAGGAUAUCAAUAACGAGAGUGACAGCUGACAUUUCUCUUGCUAAGAGGUCUGUCCUAAAUAAUCCCAGCAAGAGAGCAAUAAUUGAACGUUCAAACACCCGGUCCAGCUUAGCGGAAGUACAAAGUGAAAUUGAAAGAAUCUUUGAGUUGGCAAGAUCUUUGCAAUUGGUUGUUCUUGAUGCAGACACCAUCAAUCACCCAGCACAACUUAUAAAGACUUCCUUAGCACCAAUUAUUGUUCAUGUAAAAGUCUCAUCUCCAAAGGUUUUACAGCGAUUGAUUAAAUCUAGAGGAAAAUCUCAAAGUAAACACUUGAAUGUUCAACUAGUAGCAGCUGAUAAACUUGCACAGUGUCCUCCUGAAAUGUUCGAUGUUAUAUUGGAUGAGAACCAGCUUGAGGAUGCUUGUGAACAUCUAGGAGAGUACCUUGAGGCGUACUGGCGAGCCACCCACACGACCAGCAGCACCCCCAUGACCCCGCUGCUGGGGAGGAAUUUGGGCUCCACAGCACUCUCACCAUAUCCCACGGCAAUUUCUGGGUUACAGAGUCAGCGAAUGAGGCACAGCAACCACUCCACAGAGAACUCUCCGAUUGAAAGACGAAGUCUAAUGACCUCUGAUGAAAAUUAUCACAAUGAGAGAGCUCGGAAGAGUAGAAACCGCUUGUCUUCCAGUUCCCAGCACAGCCGAGAUCAUUACCCUCUUGUGGAAGAAGAUUACCCUGACUCAUACCAGGACACUUACAAACCUCACAGGAACCGAGGCUCACCUGGGGGAUACAGCCAUGACUCCCGGCAUAGGCUUUGAGGCUGCCAAAACAAACAAACAAAAAAUAUGUAUUCAUCUGUUGACAAUUUGCCAUAGCACUGCUAGGAUAAACCAAUCAUCUUAACUUGGCAAGCACAGCACAGUAUUUACUGUGCUUAUGGGCUGCUGUCAUUUGAUGCUAAGGGGCAAAAAACAACAACAAAAAUGUACAUUAUGCCCUUGAGUCUAGAUGGAUAUUAGAUGCCCAAUCAUAUAGAUAUUUUAAGUGCUACAUWUACAUAACAGUACCUUUUGUUUUCUUCAUAGAUUUAAACACAUCAAUUUGUAAUUUAGGGUACUU